AACCCUAGAACUAGAGAGGAUAAUCCUGAGUCGCACCAUUAAAUGUAAAUUUGAAUCUACUCAUAGUUAAUGUCAAUGCCCUUUUUAAAUGACAAACAAAUCCUCGAUAUUGUGUUCGAACUGAAUCUAUAUUAUGUUAUCUUGUCUCCGGAAAUCAGUACAAUUGCAUAAAAACGACCUCAUUAAUCUCUGAUAACCUCUGAAACACAGGGAGGGAAGCGGGCUUCUCCAUAUUCGUUUAUUUAUCUCGGAACAUAAACAGAAUAACCAGUAAAAUGGUAGACACGGAUCCAGACAGCAACAAUGGGAGACCAGUUGAACAGCCCAAGCCGAAGAAAGGCGCCAAGUCGAAAACUACUGCUAAAGAAAGCGUCCUUAAACAAAAGUCCCCGGCAGAGUUCUUCGCAGAGAACAAAAAUAUUGCAGGGUUUGAUAAUCCGGGCAAGAGUCUUUACACGACUGUGCGCGAACUUGUGGAAAAUGCGCUUGAUUCUGCGGAGUCCAUUGCUGAACUUCCUGUCAUUGAAGUUAGCAUAGAGGAGAUCACUAAAGGUGAGUUCAAUACCAUGAUUGGGUUGAUAGAUCGGGAGCGGGUUGAUGCAGAGCUGUAUGAUGAUUUUGAAUCGGUGAAGGCUCGAGAGAAACGUCUAGCCAAAGAAGCCCGUGAACAAGAGAAGUUGGCAAAGAGAAUUUCACUUGGUAAGAAGCCUAAAGAGAUGCCUGCUGGUAAGGGUGUCAAAGGUCGUAGUGAAACUGCAUUUUUCAGGGUGACAUGCAAGGAUAAUGGAAGGGGAAUGCCACAUGAUGACAUUCCAAAUAUGCUUGGAAGAGUGCUUUCUGGAACAAAAUAUGGGCUCAGACAAACGCGUGGAAAGUUUGGAUUAGGUGCAAAAAUGGCAUUGAUCUGGUCCAAAAUGAGUACUGGACUUCCAAUUGACAUUUUAUCAGCAACGAGGGGCCAGAAUUAUAUAUCAUUUUGUAGGCUUGAUAUUGAUAUUCACAAAAAUGUUCCUCAUGUCCAUCUCCAUGAAAAACGUGACAAUAAAGAUAGGUGGCAUGGGGCUGAAAUUCAGGUUACCAUUGAAGGCAACUGGACAACUCAUCGUUCAAAGAUUAUACAUUACAUGCGCCAAAUGGCUGUAAUUACGCCAUAUGCUCAGUUUCUCUUUCGAUACACUUCAGGAAUACCAGACAAAAAUGUUACUAUACAAUUUGCACGAAGGACAGAUGUGAUGCCUUUAGCACCUGCUGAGACAAAGUACCAUCCUUCUUCUGUGGAUCUGCUACUCAUCAAACGACUUAUUGCAGAGACAUCAAAGCAGAAUCUUCUGCAGUUUCUCCAGCAUGAAUUUGUCAGUAUUGGCAAAUCCUAUGCAGAACGUUUAAUUGGUGAGAUGGGGCCAGACUUUACUCCCAAGAUGCCCGUGAAAUCUCUUUCAUCUGAGCAAAUAGUUCGUAUUCAUCAGUUGUUUCGCCAAGCCAAAUUUGAUGAUCCUAGUGGUGAUUGUCUUAGUCCUGCAGGGGAAUACAAUCUUCGUCUAGGGAUCAUAAAAGAACUGCAUCCAGACAUGGUUGCAACAUAUGAGGGAAGCCCACAAGUAUUUGAAGGUCAUCCAUUUAUUGUGGAGGCAGGAAUCAGUCUUGGUGGCAAAGAUGUGAAGCAGGGUAUUAAUGUAUUUCGAUUUGCAAACCGUAUUCCACUUUUGUUUGAGCAAGGAGGAGAUGUAGUCACAAGGACUGCAACAAAGCGGAUCAAUUGGAAUAAUUAUAAGAUCAACCAGACACAAGAUAAGAUUGGAGUUUUUGUGAGCAUUGUCAGCACAAAGAUUCCUUUCAAGGGAACAGGCAAAGAAUACAUUGGAGAUGAUAUAAAAGAAAUAGUAUCUGCUGUCAAGUCUGCUAUUCAACAAUGCUGUUCUCAGCUGAAAUCAAAAAUAAUGAAAAAACAACAAGCACGUGAACGACUGGAGCGUAAGCGAAACCUGACAAAGUAUAUACCUGAUGCAUCACGAGCAAUAUAUGAGGUGCUAAAGGAAAUGGUACAAGUGCGUUCUCCAAAAAGACCAAGAUAUGGUGAUGACUAUGAUGAAAUACUUGAGAAAGUAACAUCUCGGGAGAUAACAGAACAAACUAUUAGAGAUAAGCUCUCCCAACAUGUUGAACAGGUUGAUAUGGAAAUGGCCCUUGAAUAUGCUACACAAACGGGAAUGACACAAGAGGCUCGUGAAACUACCUAUAUACGUGCUUUAGAGAGAUGCCAAAACUUUACAGACUUCCACAAUCCUGUUUGUGUUAUUCGGAUGUUUCAUUAAAGGCAAUGUUUUCAAUGUAAUUCAUUCCUUAUAUUCACAUGUCUAUGAAAGGGUGACUGACAUACACCAUCCCCCUCCUAGAUAUGCGUAUUGCCCAAAUACAAACUGUACUCAUAUAUGGCCCACUUCUAAUGGUGUAUCAGAUACAUCCAUUAGAAAAAAUUAAAAAAAGUGAAACAUUUUUCCUCUCAAAUAGCUUUCUUGUUAAUUGGUUUUCUUUUUAUGUCACCUUUUUCAACAUAAAGGCAAGAAUUACUUCUGAUACUCAUAGCAUGUACAAUCCUCAUGGUUACAAGGGUUUAUACCUUGUCCACGGGGUUCGGAGAAUUCGUCCUCUUGUUCUGCUGAUCUCUCCAGUCAAUUUGGAUUUUCAAAUUAUUUUAGAACUGCUGUCAGGAACGUUUUAAUAGCCGCAGGAAUGUUUUAAUACCCGCAGACUCCAUAUGUAAUCAGUCGCCUUUUUAUUUUUAUUUGAUUUCCUUUAUGUAGAAAAAGCUUUGCGUUCAUACAAGUAUUCUUUGUGAUACUUUGUAAGGUAGUUGGAGUUACCUCCGUCAUCAACUUUCCAUUUAAUAUUUUGUUCCCUUGUUAAGGGUAUUUGGUCAUGAAAUUUCUAUACAAAUAGAGUUAACAUAAAUAAAUGGGAUGGGAUUGAAUCA